GUCCAGAGUUUGGAAGGUUUGCCGCUGUCCCUGAGACAUCCUCCCACCUACAGACAUCUUCCCUGGAGGACCUGCUGUGCUCACAUGCCCCACUCUCCAGUGAGGAUGAAGCCUCCCCGGGCUGUGCAACCACAUCUCAGGUGCCUUUCAAGGCCUUCCUCAGCCCUCCGGAACUACAGGCACGCAUUGCCGACAGGAAGCUGUCGCCACUCCUGAGUCCCUUGCAGGAUUCCCUGGCUGACAAAACCCUGCUUGAGCCCAUGCGGCCUAAGAAGGUGUGCUUCUCGGAGAGUAACCUGCCCACUGGGGAUAGGAGCAGGAGGACCUAUUACCUCAAUGAGAUCCAGAGUUUUGCGGGUGCUGAGAAGGAUGGCCGCAUAGUCGGGGAGAUCGCGUUCCAGCUUGACCGGCGCAUCCUGGCCUAUGUGUUCCCCGGGGUGACGCGCCUCUAUGGUUUUACAGUCUCCAACAUCCCUGAGAAGAUCAAGCAGACGUCUAUCAAGUCCCUAGACGGCUCGGUGGAUGAGAAGAAGCUGCGUGAGCUCACACAUCGGUACCUGACCCUGACGGCGCGGCUGGAGAAGCUGGGCUACAGCCGCGAAGUACACCCAGUCUUCAGUGAGUUCCUCAUCAAUACUUACGGCAUCCUGAAGCAGCGUCCAGACUUGAGGGCCAACCCGCUGCACAGCAGCCCCGCUGCACUGCGCAAGCUCGUCAUUGACAUCGUGCCACCCAAGUUCCUGGGUGACUCCCUGCUACUGCUGAACUGCCUGUGCGAGCUCUCCAAGGAGGACAGCAAACCACUCUUCGCCUGGUGA